UCCCCAAACAAAUUAACGACUCCAAAACCGACCUCUCUUCUUUCUUUCUUUUAUUCAUCUGCCAUAAAUAAAUCGGCAAACAAAAUGCCAACAACAACAAUUCAAAUGCAAUGCCACCUCCCCAUACCACAGCCACCUGCGCCCCACCCACUCACAUCUCGCCACGUGGCCGUGAUCGGUGCCGGCGCCGCAGGCCUAGUAACUGCCAUAGAGCUCCGCCGCGAGGGCCACAGCGUGGUUGUUUUCGAACGAGGCGACCAGGUUGGCGGCACCUGGGUUUACACCCCGAAAAUAGAAUCCGACCCGAUUGGAUUCGACCCGGCCCGGACCAAGAUCCACUCCAGCCUCUACAAGUCCCUCCGCACCAACCUCCCCCGAGAGUGCAUGGGCUUCCGGUGCUACCCGUUCGUCGCCAAAGACGACCCGGGCAGAGACCCGAGACGGUACCCGGGUCACCAAGAGGUUCUGUGGUAUCUGCAGGACUUCACGCGCGAGUUCAGGAUUGAUGAGCUGGUGAGGUUCGAAACGGAGGUAGUGCGCGUGAGAUUGGUGGAGGAGGAGAAAUGGAAAAUAAAAUCAAAACAGAGGUCAGGCAAAGAUGAAACGGAGAUAUUCGAUGCCGUUGUAAUAUGCAACGGCCACUACACCGAGCCUCGUGUGGCUCAAAUUCCGGGAAUAAAUGAGUGGCCUGGGAAGCAAAUGCAUAGCCACAAUUAUCGUGUUCCAGAGCCUUUUCGAGAUCAGGUUGUAGUCUUGAUAGGGAGUUCAGCAAGUGCUGUUGACAUUUCUCGGGACAUAGCAGGAGUUGCCAAAGAAGUCCAUGUAGCAGCUAGAAGUGUUGCAAAUGAAACAUCUGGAGAGCAGUCUGGCUAUGAUAAUAUGUGGCUUCAUCCCAUGAUAGAAAGUGUGCAUAAAGACGGAACUGUGUUUUUCCAAGAUGGGAGCUUUGUCCAUGCUGACAUCAUUCUACACUGCACAGGGUACAAGUAUCAUUUUCCUUUUCUUGAAACAAAUGGCAUUGUGAAUGUGGAUGACAACCGUGUGGGGCCACUGUACAAGCAUGUUUUCCCACCAGCCCUGGCCCCAUGCCUUUCAUUUGUUGGGUUACCAUGGAAGGUUGUUCCUUUCCCUAUGUUUGAACUCCAAAGCAAGUGGAUAGCUGGUGUUUUGUCUAACCGAUUUGCACUUCUAACACAAGAGAAGAUGAUGGAAGAUGUUGAAGCUUUCUACUCAUCACUUGAAGCUUCUGGCGUGCCUAAGCGAUAUACUCAUAACAUGGGUAGUAGUCAGUUUGAGUACAACAAUUGGCUUGCGGCUCAGUGUGGAUGUCCUGCAAUUGAAGAUUGGAGAGUGCAAAUGUACAAUGCCAGUAGCAAGAACAAACGUGCUCAACCAGAGUCUUACCGUGAUGAUUGGGAAGACCAUCACUUGGUUUUGCAAGCUUGCGAGGACUUCAUGAAGUACACCUCACAUAAAGUUAGUGACAGGAGUGCUUCUUAGUAAUCAAGUUUCAAGACUACUUGUAUCAAAUGCUGGAACCUGUGUCCUAUUCAAUCCCUCUGUUUAUUGAUUCUUCUGAAUAAUACUGUAAAUAAAGAAUAAUGAGAGAAAGAUUGUGAUCAGGUAUUUGUGAGGGGUGCAUUCAUCUAUUUCCUCCAAUUGUAACUGAACAAACCAAUAUUGAGAGUGCUUAAAAUGCUAAAA